AUGGAGUCAAUGAGAGCGGAACUGGAGGUUCUUCGUGAGCAACGUCAAAGUGAUCACGAGGAGUUGCUGAAGGAGAAAGAGGAGCGGCAAAGAGAUCGAGAGGACCUAUUGAAGGAGAAAGAGGAGCGACAAAGAGAUCGAGAGGAGCUAUUGAAGGAGAAAGAGGAGCGCCAAAGAGAUCAUGAGAAGUUGCUCAAGGAGAAAGAGGAGCACCAAAGAGAUCAGGAGGAAAUUAUGAGGGAAAGAGAGCAGCUAAUCAAACAAGUCGAUGAAGAAAAAAAAGCACGGGAGGCACAACAACUACAACUCAAUCAUCUAAACGACGUGGUUAAUAUCCUAUGUUAG